AUCGGGACUUCGGGUUGUGCACGUCUGCGGGACAGUGUGUCGGGCGCUUUCCGCCGCCGCCCAGCCGGAGCCCGGGAGCCGAGCGUCCUCACCGGUGAGGGAAGCCGGAGGAGAAGCCGGCGCUUCUGUUUGGCUUUGGCUGAAAGAGAAUUUAGCCUAUAUGUACUGCUUUAACCACUGGAAGAAUGACAGAUGACAAAGAUGUGCUUCGAGAUGUGUGGUUUGGACGAAUUCCAACUUGCUUCACCCUGUAUCAGGAUGAGAUAACUGAACGGGAGGCAGAACCAUAUUAUUUGCUUUUGCCAAGAGUAAGUUAUUUGACGUUGGUAACUGACAAAGUGAAAAAGCACUUUCAGAAGGUUAUGAGACAAGAAGACAUUAGUGAGAUAUGGUUUGAAUAUGAAGGCACACCACUGAAAUGGCAUUAUCCAAUUGGUUUGCUAUUUGAUCUUCUUGCAUCAAGUUCAGCUCUUCCUUGGAACAUCACAGUACAUUUUAAGAGUUUUCCAGAAAAGGACCUUCUGCACUGUCCAUCUAAGGAUGUAAUUGAAGCUCAUUUUAUGUCUUGUGUGAAAGAAGCAGAUGCUUUAAAGCACAAAAGUCAAGUGAUCAAUGAAAUGCAGAAAAAAGAUCACAAGCAACUCUGGAUGGGUUUACAAAAUGACAGAUUUGACCAGUUUUGGGCCAUCAAUCGGAAACUCAUGGAAUAUCCUGCAGAAGAAAAUGGAUUUCGUUACAUCCCUUUUAGAAUAUACCAGACAACAACUGAACGGCCUUUCAUUCAGAAGCUUUUUCGUCCUGUGGCUACAGAUGGACAAUUGCAUACACUAGGAGAUCUCCUCAAAGAAGUCUGUCCUUCUGCUGUCACUCCUGAAGAUGGGGAAAAAAAGAAUCAAGUGAUGAUUCAUGGAAUUGAGCCAAUGUUGGAAACACCUUUGCAGUGGCUGAGUGAACAUCUGAGCUAUCCGGAUAAUUUUCUUCAUAUUAGUGUCAUCCCGCAACCAGCAGAUUGAAGGAGCAAUCAUUUGCUUGCGUGGAAUCAUCCUUAAACAGGAUUUACCAGAGCAUGUCACCCUUCUGCUUCAGUCAGGUUUGGUGGAGGCAGCCUGACCAGAAACACUGCUGCAAGCCAAACAGGAAAAAGAUUCCAUGUCAGAUAAGGGCACUCGGGCUGGUCUUACUUUGCAUCACCACUGCUUUCCUCCACUGCCGUCAUUAAACCUCAGCUGCAACAUGAAAGACUUUACAGGACCACUGCAGGUCUUCUGUUUUCUUGUAAAAUAUAAUGAAGCCGAAACCUUUGGCCUAAGAAGAAAAUGGAAAUAUGUGCCACUCAAUUUGUAUUUCUGAUUAACAAAUAAACAGGGGUAUUUCCUAAGGUGACCAUGGUUGAACUUUAGCUCGAGGGAGUGGAAACAUUGGUUUAAUUUUCAAGAGAAUUAGACUUAAGAAAGUAAAAGAGAAAUUCUGUUAUCAAUAACUUUCAGUAAUUUUUUGUAAAAGAUCAAAUUACAGUAAACCCAUCUUUCCUUAAUGAAAAUUUCCUAUGUUUACAGUCUGUCUAUUGGUAUGCAAUCUUGUAACUUUGAUAAUGAACAGUGAGAGAUUUUUAAAUAAAGCCUCUAAAUAUGUUUUGUCAUUUAAUAAC